CCUAGUGUCCUUUGAGGAGGUGACUGUGAAUUUCUCCAAGGAGGAGUUGGCUCUGCUGGAUUUGUGAUAAGAAAUUAUUUUUUAUUCUCCCUCCCCUUUCAACUCCAAGUGUCCUUUAAGGGUUUCUCCGAGGAGGUGUUGGGUCUGCUGUAAUGAAGCUGGGGAUGAUUUGGGGGGAAACAAAUGAAAGAGCACAUUGAGUGUCCAGAGAAAGCGAUAAGUUGCUCAUGUGAAAGAGAACAUUGUGCGUGAAGACGGGAUGAACAGGGUGGAGGGAAAGCCAAGAAAUAAAGAGAGGAAUAUAUGCCUGGAUUCUGACCUUCAUGCAGUGAUGGCACAACAAAUAACAUCCAAAGAAGAGAGAGAGAAGAAAUCCCCUGUGUCAGGAGAAACGACCUCUCAUAAAUCAACCCUUGAUGACAAUUGUAAAACCCACAGAGCAAAGAAACAAUAUAAAUGUCUUGAGUGUGGAAAGAGUUUCAGGGGCAAUGCUGACCUUCAUACUCAUCAAAGAACGCACACAGGGGAGAAACCAUUUGAAUGCCUCGAGUGUGGAAAAGCAUUUAGUCAGAAGGGGGCACUUACUAUCCAUCAAAGAAUACAUUCUGGGGAGAAACCAUUUGAAUGCUUGGAAUGUGGAAAGAAUUUCUGCCGAAAGGGUGCCCUUCAAGAGCAUCAAAGAACUCACACAGGGGAGAAGCCAUUUAAAUGCCUGGAGUGUGGAAAGAGCUUCAGCUUGAAGAAUGGCCUUACUACACAUCAAAGAAUGCACACAGGGGAGAACCCAUAUGAAUGUUCGCAAUGUGGAAAGAGCUUCAGGUGGAAGGGGACCCUUGCAAUACAUCAGCGAAUUCAUUCGGGCACAGGAGAGAAACCCUUUGAAUGUUCUCAGUGUGGAAAGAGAUUCUUUUCUAAGCACAGCUGUGCACGUCAUCAGCUUAUUCAUGGGGAAGACAAGCCAUUUCAAUGCCUGGAAUGCAGAAAGGGAUUCCAUUGCAGUAGUGCCCUUGAAGAGCAUCAAAGAAGGCACACCGGAGAGAAGCCAUAUAAAUGCCAAGAGUGCAGAAAGUGUUUCAACUCAAAGAACUGCCUUACUUUACAUCAAAGAAUGCACUCAGGGGAGAAACCCUUUGAAUGUUUGCAAUGUGGAAAGAAAUUCUUUUCCAAGCAGAGCAUUAAACGUCAUCAGAUAAUUCACAGAGAAGACAAGCCAUUUAAAUGUCUGGAGUGCGGAAAGUGUUUCAACGAUAAGUAUGACCUUGCUAGACAUCAAAGAAUACACACAGGAGAGAAACCGUUUAUUUGUCUGGAGUGUGGAAAAGCAUUUAGUUGGAAGAGGGGUCUUACUUUCCAUCAAAGAAUCCACUCAGGGGAGAAACCAUUUGAUUGUUUGCAGUGUGGAAAGAGCUUCAAGUGGAAGUUGAGCCUUGCAAUACAUCAACGAACUCACACAGAAACAGGAGAGAAAUCAUUUGAAUGUACACAGUGUGGAAAGAGAUUCUUUUCCAAGCAGAGCAUGAAACGUCAUCAGAUAAUUCACAGAAAAGACAAGCCAUUUAAAUGUCUGGAGUGUGGAAAAAGUAUCAGCAAUAAGCAUGACCUUGCUAGACAUCAAAGAAUACACACAGGGGAGAAACCAUUUAUCUGUCUGGAGUGUGGAAAAGCAUUUCGUUUGAAGAUGGGACUUAAUUUCCAUCAAAGAAUCCACUCAGGAGAGAAAGCAUUUGUAUGUUCACAGUGUGGAAAGAGUUUCAGGUGGAAGGUGAGCCUUGCAAUACAUCAGCGAAUUCACUCGGACACAGGAGAGAAAGUAUUUGAAUGUCCACAGUGUGGAAAGAGAUUCUUUUCCAAGCACAGCAUUACACGUCAUCAGAUAAUUCACAGAGUAGACAAGCCAUUUAAAUGUCUGGAGUGCGGAAGGAGUUUCAACAAUAAGCAUGACCUUGCUAGACAUCAAAAAAUUCACACAGGAGAGAAACCAUUUACCUGUCUGGAGUGUGGAAAAGCAUUUAGGGAAAAGGGGGCACUUACUGUCCAUAAAAGAAUACACUCAGGGGAGAAACCAUUUAAAUGCCUAGAGUGUGGAAAGGGAUUCCGUUGCAGUAGUGCCCUUCAGGAGCAUCAAAGAAUUCAUACUGGGGAGAAGCCAUAUAAAUGCCUGGAGUGUGGAAAGAGCUACAGGUGGAAGAACGGCCUUACUUUACAUCAACGAAUGCACACAGGGGAGAAACCAUUUGAAUGUCCACAGUGUGGAAAGAGCUUCAGGUGGAAGAGGAGCCUUGCAAUACAUCAGCGAAUUCACACAGACACAGGAGAGAAACCUUUUGAAUGUUCACAGUGUGGAAAGAGAUUCUUUUCUAGUCACAGCCUUAUACGCCAUCAAGUACUUCACUUAGAAGACAACCCAUUUAAAUGUCUGGAUUGUGGAAAAGCAUUUAGUUGGAAGAGGGCACUUACUGUCCAUCAAAGAAUACACUCAAGCGAGAAACCAUUUCAGUGCUUGGAGUGUGGAGAGAGAUUCUGCCAGAAGGCUGACCUUCAAGGUCAUCAAAGAACUCACAGAGCGGGAAAACAAUUUAAAUGCUUGGAGUGUGGAAAGAGUUUUAGCAAUAAGCAUGGCCUUACUAGACAUCAAAGAAUUCACACCGGAGAGAAACCUUUUCAAUGUCUGCAGUGUGGAAAGAGCUUUAGUGAGAGGAGAAGCCUUAUAUAUCAUCAGACAACUCUCACUGGGGAGAUGCCUUUUAAUUGCUUGGUGCUUGCAAAGCAAUUCCGCCAGCGGGGUCCACAGCAGUACGAUCAAAAUGUUCACACAGAGACUUCUUUGGAGGAGGAGUCUGGUACCCAUGAACAACUUUCUACUGUAGUCUUGGGGCAAGGUUUGUUGUCCUGUUGCAAUGAAGCCUCAUCUGAGGUUCCCAGUAAACCAUUCAACCCCAUCAUGAGCCCCGCCGUAAUUCCAGAUUCUCCUCCCACCACCCAUGGCUCAACAGAGCACAGUUUGCAGUGCAUCCAGUGGGAUACUCAGAGCCAUGGUGGAAGGGCCUACCUGACUCCCAGAGUACCCUUUCUCCCAGGAAAUGCACUAGAGUAAGGGCCUGCUCAGGAACACGGUUCUACUUAUGAGGCAGACUCUGAUACAGCUACAGAACCAGGGUCAGCCAGAAUAAAUGCUCCCAGACUUUUCCUUGGUUAAGAGCUCCAAUAGAGCUAUUUGACACCAUUUAUGGACUCUAGCCGAAACUAUUUCAGUGUCUGGAGUAUAAAUGAGCAUGAGACAGAGCACAUGUCUUACUCUACAUCAAAGAAGCCUCACAGUACAAAUGAUUUA